CAUACGUCAUCAUAGGAACUCCCUCACAACUCGACACAUAACGGCACAAAGUGCGGCUUUUCUCCGCUUUUAUUCUCGUUCGCUUUUUGACAAUCGCCUGUGUUUUCGGUGUAAUUUCGAGUCGAAAGUACGGAUAUAGGUCAGAUUUGUAUUACACCGCGGGAUAUAGAUGCAUAUUUUCUAUGCAUUUUCCGACAGCGCGUGCCAUACGCAGGAAACGGAUUAUUUAAGUUGCAGUGUUUGUCGGUAUUUUAUAUCGUUGAAGAGAUAUUUGUUUUUCUUUUCUAAACAUCUGUAAGAUUUGCUGACUGUAAGGUGAAACUUGUGAGAAUACUUCUGGAGGAUUGGAAACGGCGUUGUGUUGACGCGUGUCAGCGCGCGCCGGGGCGUCAGAGGAUGAGACGCCGUCGGUGGGACUUUAACUAACGUAGUUUUAUGAUUUAACCGGCUUUCAAGGAUCAUGAUGUUCGCGGGAAUGAUAAGGGUGGAGAGUAAAUCAACAACACAGAAGAAUGACAAUAACGCCAAGUGUUACCGGUGUGCUGUGAGAUCAGAUGGUGCAAGUGUGACGGUGGAGUCAGAGAGCCGUCACAGAAGAAGUUUCAGACGGCCGGGUUACAUGAGGGCAGAUCCGGUUUGCCAGGUGGACGUUGCUGCCAGCUCGCCAGCCAAAACGUCAUGUGAUUCCCACAGAAAUUCUGAAAUUCCCAAUAGUGUCCCAUCCAAUACGAACAUUCAAACGUUUAAUUCUGAAUUACCCAGCAGCCCUGGUGAGAAAUGGCUUAAGGAGAUUUUCGAGAGAGACGACUCUUCAAACGGUCAAGUUGAGGAAACUUCCAGAAGCAUCUCAUCAUGUGACGUUUUUAACUCCAGCUUUAGUUUCAUUCAGCAGUCACUAGAAACAGGUGAUCUAUUAGAUUUAACCACAGGCGAGCUAUCUCCAUCUCAGUAUUUAAACAAAAGAUCUGAAUCAACUUCAUGGGAUCAUCCUGAACUUUUAAACUCCUCAGGUACUAUAAAACCUGUUUGCACUGUUUUAGGAAAUAAGUCCAUGUUUGAAGAUGAUUCACUGAGUCAGUCAAAGACCAGUUCUGUGCUUAUCAACCAAUCAGAACCAGAGGUUUUCACAUUAGGCCAGCUGCCCUGUCCGAUUGGUCGGUCAGUAAAACCAAAAAGGCUGUUAUUAGACAAAGAGUGUUGGCUGAUGGACCUGGACGUGUCUUGGUGCCACAGGGACACACAGAUCUCAUCGUCAAUGAGCAUACAGGACUCCGACUCUGGCUCGCUGGACACUGAGGUCACCUCUUCGAUCUCUGUUGAUUCGUCAGAUUCCACUUCGUCGUCUUCGGUUACAUCUGGCUACGACAGCGCCACCCCAUCUGCAGAUCAGAGUCGCAAUGGCAUGAAGAAGAAAUGUGAAGAUAUUCUACAAGACUGUCUGAGGAACAGUCGUACAAAUGCCAAGAUUGAGUCCAUGAUGCUGAAGCUACACAGAUUACAGCACAGAGCGGUCCUGGAUGAUGACUAUGAUGCAGCUGAGCGGUUUGGUAAGAAACUGGAUGAUCUGCGCAGAGAACUAGCGACUCUGAAUCCUGCUCUUCCCUCCAGACAUCCUGCAGUUUCUGAAUAUCUGCAGCAGCUCAGGACGGCCGUACACAGCGCCCUCCAGAGGACCAGCUCUCAAUGCACAACUCAUGACAUCACAAACAGGAAAGAAAACAGAGAAAAGGAUGAAUCGAGUGAAGAUCAGCAAUGGUUAGCUAGCUCUACUGGUCAACAUCAAACACGGGAACAUCUGAUAUGGGAAAAACAAAGGAUUCAGAAGGAGAUGCUUGAUCUUCAGAGGAGGCUGGAGGAGCUUCAGGUGCAGAGCAGAGCUGUGGAUAUGCAACUGGGUAUGGAGGUGCACAGACUGGAAGUGGAGAUGCCCAUGCUGAGAGGCUGUGAUGUGGGUCAGCUCCAUCUAAUUGGUCGAGCACUGGAGGACAUGAUGACAUCCGAACAUCGCGCUCAGAUCAGUGCUUCUCCACCAGCAGAGAUCAUGAGACUUCAGGAACAGGAGCAGGCACUGAAUUUGUCCAUUAAAGAAACAACAGCUAAAAUGCUGAUGAGUCAGAAACUAGGCGGCAGUCUGCGAAGGAAAGUUAGUGAGACAGAAACGCAACUCCUGGCCCUUCAGCAAGCAAAGCUUGCAGCCAUCUCAGGAAAUGAUUUCAGCAGUGCAAAAGAACUGAAGGUAGAGAUAAGGAACGUGUAUGGAGAGAGAGACCGUCUGGAGACGCUUUUGAGGAAGCUGCAUACGUUGAGUACAGGAAGUGGACAGGAACUGACCCGUAUGAAGGAGAAACAGAACCAGAUCAAACUGGACCUGCAGUGGCGAGAGGCACAGCACGAGCGCAGUUUGAAAGAAAGCAUUUUGAAAUACAUUGAACUUCUGGAGGAACAACGUCACAGCUGUGAAAGUCCAGCUUUGGAGCACAUUUGGGAAGCGGAUUUGGAGGCUUGCCACCUUCUUCUCAAAGGUCAGGAGCUGCGAACCCCCAGCCUUUCAGAAACUGAGGAUGUUCCUCCUAUGCCAGCCUCGAGUUCAAAUGGGUUCACGGAGGAGGAAGCCGACUGCGCCAUGUUGACUGCUUUAGGAGGACGCUGGUGUCCGGACGCUAACCUUCAGCACUCUGAGUUUACUAAGAAAUUAGAGGAGUUUCUCUUCUGUGUGGAAGACAGUCCUAAGGAUCUGUGUGAAGAGGCAGUGGAGCUCACGGUGCGAUGUGACGUCAUCAGUGACCGACUGCAUUACCUGGAGGAUCAGCUUCAGAUGGCCAUGGAGAACCACGAUAAGGACCUUGCAUUGUCCUUGGAAAAGGAGGUUCAAGAGGUGAAGGCCACGCUUCAUGCAAUGUUGUCACAACUGAAGCAAGAAGAUGAUAAUGAGGAAGAAGAUGAUGAUGAUGAUGAGGAAGAUAAGUAUUGUGAUGUAGAAGAAGAACAAUUGGAGGAUGGACAUUUAGAAGAGGAUCUUUAUUUCAGUGACAGCUGGGAUAUUUAAAGAGAAUAUGUAUUUUUAGAUGUGUGAUUUUAGCUCAAUGCCCGUGCUUGAGUCCAGCGGGUCUUGAUACACAGCUACGUUUGUUUUUUCAUACUGUAAUUUUGCACUGUAUCUGAACGCAUACAAGAACCACUAAACAUAAAACUUGCACAUAAAUGGUAAAAAAUCACUCUUGUCGAAGAAAGGAAUUAUUUAUGCAAGAAAUAUUUUCUUUUACACUUGAAUUACAUAAAAAUAUCACAUUUCACCCAUUAAUAAAGAGAAAACAAUAUAUGAAGAGCUCGGACGCAAAACCAUCUAAGUGCAUCUGACAUGUUUCCUUAUAAGCAUUUUUUUUUUUAAAGAUUAUGUCAAGAAACCAGUAUUUCUGAAUGGCAUGAGGGCCAGCAUUAAGCAAAUUUGAAGCGAAAGUAUUUGAUGCGCAUACUAGGGAUGCACGAUAUAUAUCGUUAUCGGCCGAUAACUGCUUAUUUUUAAUAUUAUCGGAUAUCGGUCUGAUAGCAAAAUUAGGCCUAUAAAUGAAAGCCGAUAAAUGAUGGAUUAUUUUGGUUUGUUGAACCACUUCACUUGCUUAUUGCUGGCCAUGUGGAGUUUUGAUUGGUGCUUUAGCACGAAGAUGACACGUGUUGCGCGCUUAAGAAGAGUAUGCUAGUCUAGCGCAAAGACAAGAUGUCCGUGGUCUGCGAGUUUUUCAUUGUGAAAAUAAUAUGAAUAUUUAUCGGCCUAUAGAUAUCGGUUAUCGGCCCCCAAAUAUAAAGAGUUAUCGGUAUCGGCCAAAAUUUCCAUAUCGGUGCAUCCCUAGCACAUACAAUCAGUAAUCUCGUCAAUUAAGAGAAAACAUUUGCAUAAAAAACGUGAUUCUGAAGAAUUUUUAUGUUAAUCUGCAAUACCGCGAUUAUCCACUAGAUACCCAAUUUAUGAAAAAAAUGAAGCCAAAACGUUAUUUACUAAUUUUAAACUUGUUUUGGUAAUCGUUCUGAAUCUGAUCUCUAACAAAAUUCCUUCACAAAAAUGCAAUUAUUUUAGCUUUUUUUUUUAAGAAAAAUACCAUUUUUAAGAGUUUAUAAAAUACGGAGCCCCUAAGGGGACAUGGAGCAAAAAUUAAAUUAAAUUUAGUUUAGUUUCGCAUGCUCACAUGAAAUUUUCUCGCUGAGUUUCGUGUGCUCACGUAAAACUAUCACGAUCACGUGAAACUUUAGCUUUAGUUUCACGUGAGCACGCGAUAGUUUCAUGUUAAAUAUGGGUAUUUUUCUUAAAAAAAAAUUUUUUUAAGCAAAAAGCUAAAAUAAUUGCAUUUUUGUGAAGGAAUUUUGUUAGAGAUCAGAUUCAGAAUGAUUAUCAAAACAAGUUUAAAAUUAGUAAAUAACAUUUUGGCUUAAUUUUUUUCAUAAAUUGGGCAUGAAAAUUUUAUUUUAUUUUUAAAGAAAAAUACCCAUAUUUAAGAGUUUAUAAAAUACGGAGCCCUUAAGGGGACAUGGAGCAAAAACAAAUUUUAGUUUCGCGUUCGCACAUGAAACUAUCACGUGAAACUUUCGUGUGUGCACGUGAAACUACCGCGUUUAGUUUCGCGUGCUCACAUGAAAUUUUCGCGUUGAGUUUCGCGUGCUCACGUGAAACUAUUGUGUGCGCAUGUGAAACUUUAGCUUUCAUGUGCGCACACGAUAGUUUUACGUGAGCACGCGAAACUAAAUUUUUUAAAAAAAUUCGGCACAUGAAGGUGUCGUGUGAGCACAUGAAAGUUUCACGUGAUCACAUGAAACUAUAAACUUUACAUUUUUUUACUCCAAUGUCACCUUAGGGGCUUGGUAAUAAAAUAUAGAUUGGAUGAAAGUUUUUUUCCCCCUUUUUUUUGUUUGUUUGUUUAUUGUUUGUUUGAAAGCAGAGGGUCUGUUCUUCAUUUGAUUUAUUUGUUUAAAUAACAUUUUCUGGAAGGUAUUAAACUUUAAGUGGCGGUUUCCCGGACAGGGAUUAGACUAGUCCUAGACUAAAAUAAAUGUAAGAGCUGUCCAAACUGAAAACAACUUGCACUGACAUAUCUUAAAAUACAUCAGUGCCCUUUGUUUUGCCUCAAAAUGCACACAAGCAAUGUUUUUAGUAAGGCAUAUUUGUUAAAACAAGUUAUAUUUCCUAAUCAAACUAAGGCCGAGUCCUGGUUUAAGCUAAUCCCUGUCCGGGAAACCACCCCUAAAUAUUUUUAGAAGAAAAUUUUCCUGGAAGCCAUUUUGUGAAACUUUUUAAAAAUCACAAAAAAUGCUGGCGGGCAACUUUUCAAAAAACGAGUUAUCAUUCUCAAUUUUGACGAAGGUGGCAUUUAGCGGCCUUUGCAUCUGUCUGAACUCCUCAUAUUUUGCCUAUCCAAAAAAAAAAAUUAGAGGUAAAAUUUGGGGUAAAAUUAGAAACCUUACAGCAAUGAUAAUUUGUAUUGACCGUUGGUGUGCUUGUUUUUGUAGCUUGUAGUUGUUUUUGUUUAUUUAAUAAUCUUAACUUAUCCUAUUAUUUAUUUAAUAUGCUUUGAUGUAUGAAAUCCCUUUGAGCAG